AUGAAGUUGAUUUUGGUUUUUGCUUUCGUUUUUUCUCUCGGCGUGUUGACGCUGUUGGCGGAAAGUAUUCCCCGGCAAGAAGACAGCCAAGCGCUCGUGUCAAAGCAGGCUCAUCCCUCGGUAAAUUACCGUUCUGAUUCGCAGAACAGACUUAAGAGAGGAACCCACUCAGGUUUUUUGAAUAAUCACUGGACUUAAAGUCCUUUGAUCUGCUCGGUGAUCUCAGGUGGUGAUCUUCUUUCUCGCUCGACGGACGCUGUUGUUCGCUUGGCUCACAUUUUUCGCGGUCGCGCUCGGCUUUCACAGAGUCCCACAGCGCAAGUUCUCAAGCUAAAUCAUAUCUCUAACUUCAGUCGUCGUUUUUUCUCUGAGAUGAUUAUCGUAAGAAAGUCAAUUUAGCAUUCUAUCAUAGGUCCCAAGAAAUUAAAGCUUGAAUGUCUCGACUACGACCUGCUCUUUCGAGCUCUUUAACGCAAUCUACGGCGCUUGAACACCCAGAACAAUUCCACCGGUGCGAAGACGUUGAUUAAACGAACAUUCUGGACACCUCAGUUAGGUUUUGUGUACUUGAUAAAAAUGACCUAUAUUUAAUAUUUGAAGUAGAAUUUUGUACCUUAAUUCCCUGACUUCAUUAUGUAUAAUGGAACUGAGAAUUUGAAAAUGACGACAUGAAGAAUAGCGAGACGUCAUUCAACAUCACAAUCACUGAUUUUUAUUCUCAACUGUUGUCGCCUAAAACUUCCGUUAUCCGAGUUCAAAUGUUUUGAGAAAUCGCUUCUUAUCGGCAUAAUUACCAUCAACCGAAUUGCAAAAUUAAAUGAAACUGUUGGGAAAAAAAUUACAAGGGAGAUUAUCGAAUUAAAUUGCAGCCAGUUAAACAUCAAUCAGUUUAAGAGAAGUUACAUCUUAUUAUGUCUUGUUGCAGUUCGCUGGCGCAAAGUAAACAAGUUGCCAGUAUGUUUUGAAGCCAAAGGCAACCAUUUCGGAAGAUUUUACGUCCCGGAGGGAAGAUUAGCUGCGAUAAAGAUGGUACAUCUGUACGGAUACGUGUCCUGUCACGUUCACAACCAAUAUUUCUGGUCCUACUGGGGCUGUGGCGACAGUCCGGCGUCGCGUGAGUUAGUGGAUAAAGUCAACGCUGUCAUCACAGACUCAAGCAAUAACAUUCUACUCCCGCCACUUCAGUUCCAGACGAGCAGCAACUUAAAGUGGUACAGGGUUCCCGGAUAUAAUUCCCUAUCACCUGAGCUUGUUCUGCCAUCCUUUUCGUCUCCGGAAAAGGUCCAUUCCAACCAAGAAUUACGCGUCUGGUUCGGUGAAAACUUGGUGAAUAUAAGCGAAGGAGAUAACGGAGGAACAGUGUGCGCUGAUGUCUACGCUCUCUUUGUGUGA